AUGGAUGAUUUGUCCUCAAAUGAGCUUGAUCAACUCAUCGCAGAAUUAUGGACCAAAAUCACCGGAGGGGAAGAGAAGUUGCUGUACAACUACGAAACGCAUGAGCUGAAAACACGAAAUAAGAUCAUUAAGCUUCCUAAAGAGUUCUGGGAUUAUCCUGAAUUAGCUUCUUACUAUCUAUCGAUGCAAGAAUAUUUUGGUUUUUCGAAGUUGGAGUGGCCUAAGCCUUACGUGUUGUAUAACACCUUGAUUAAGGACUUCCCAUUGACAAAAUACAAGGGCCUUCCGAACAUAAAUGCACUUUACGAUAGCUUUAAAAAUAGGUUUGGUAGAAAUAUUGUAAUUCCACUCGGUUUUGAGAAUAGGGCUGUAUAUCAUAAUGUGAAUAACAUAAAAAUUGAUUUGACAACCAAUAAAGAAUUUGAACAAACUGUAAAAAAAAUUUAUAAUAUGUUUAAUUCUCCAAAACAGAUGGAACUAUUUUAUGAUAACCAAACAAAGUUCAUAAUUUUGAUUCCCUACAGUGUGCUUUGCAAGGAACAAUCAACAAUCCAGCAAGCCUGUGACAAUAUCAAAAUCUUUUGGUUCUCUAGGAAAAUUAUGGAAAAACUUAAGGAAGAUAAGAAUAUCAUUCAGAAUAACGCUAGCGAAAAAAAAACUCACACUGGGUCGUCAACGAAAACCACCAGCUCUAGUCGAAUCAACUUCAUGGAAAUGAUAAAUAAUAUCGGAAAGUCACACUCUUUCAAUGAUGGUGAAACUUCCAUAAAUGUUGUUGUAAAUUACAUGCAACAAUUUCCAGAGCUAAUGGAAGAGCUUUCUUUACUCGUUGACCGUCUAGGAGGUAAUCUCAAAAGUAUAAAAAACAAAAUCGUAUCAAAUAUAGGCAAGGUACAUAUGGAAAAAGACCUUUACUGUAGUGAGGAUAGAUCUGUCAUUAUGUACUUGAAUUUUUUCAAUUUUCCACAUAUAAUUGAUGCUGUAAUAUACUACGAGAUUGUUUCCAAGGGCGGCCACGAUGAAUUAAUGCUAACUUUAAAAUUUGUAUUUCAAUCACAAGCACAGUAA